UCGGACUGAUAGAUUUAUUAUAUUUGUGAAUUCAGCAGGUUCUGUCAGUCUUCUUCUCUUUAGGGAGGUUGUGAACGCUGAACGCUGACUGACCCUGCUGCUGCGUUUCUGUGAAGGUUUGAACUCUGUUAUGGAUCCGUGUGGGAAACAUGAGAGCAACACCAAAUGCUCUGAACUCGGCCAGGUGUCAGUUAACCGUCUUCGACUGUUAUUUGAACCCUCUGCUGUUGCCAGGAAACAAGACACCAGUAAGAAUGAUCGGCUGCAGAAAAUCCGUUUAUUUGACGAAGCUGAACUCAAAACAAAUGACCAGAGUCCAGUCCCGUCCCCAACCAGCUGCUUCUCCCUGAAGAGUGAUCGAUCUAUGGAUCCAAUAAUUGUGUUCAAAGACAGAAACCAGUCUGAACACGACGGGAUCGAUGAGGAGGAAUCUGCCUCCUGCGCUGCCAGCUGCGUGUCGCUAAGGAGUGACCGGUCCAUGGAUCCAAUAACUGUCUUCAAAAAUGGAGACCAGCCUGAGCAUAAAGAGAUCCAGCAGCAGACAGCAGCCAUUCCCUCAUCCAGCUGUUUAUCCAUGAAGAGUGACCGGUCCAUGGAUCCAAUAAUCGUAUUUAAAGGAGGACACCAGUCUGUUCAGAAUGGUGAUGAGCUGCAGGACUCAACGGCUCUCAGUGUUCAGUCUGUUCAUCAUCAAACUGAUCUGGACUCCAUUUUUAAGGCUCUGGAGGAAAGCAUCAUAGGUUUUGUAAAGUCAGAGUUAAAUAAAUUCCUCAACGUUGUUGGACCAGAUUACCAUGAACACUUAAAGAACCAGAGAGAGAAGGAAGAGGUGUUGGAUGGAGGUGAAGAAGAGCAGGAAAAUACCAGCGGAGACUCAUUUCUGAAGCUCACACUCGACUUUCUGAGGAGGAUGAAGCAAAAGAGGCUGGCUGAUUAUCUGCACAGCAAGACCUCUUCAACCCAGUAUCAGCAAAGACACAAGUUCAACCUGAGGAAGAGAUUCCAGUGUGUGUUUGAAGGGAUUGCUAAAGGCGGAAGCCCAACUCUGUUAAACCAGAUUUACACGGAGCUUUACAUGACAGAGGGAGGAACCGGAGAGGUCAACGAAGAGCACGAGGUCAGGCAGAUCGAAAUGACCUUCAGAAAACAAGACAGGUCUGAAACAAUCAGAACAGAAGACAUCUUUAAGGUCCAUAAGGACAAAGCUCAGCCAAUCAGAACGAUGCUCACUAAAGGAGUUGCUGGCAUUGGGAAAACCAUCCUAAUGCAGAAGUUCACUUUGGAUUGGGCUGAAGACAAAUCAAAUCAGGAUAUUCAUUUUACUUUUCCGUUUACCUUCAGAGAGCUGAAUGUGCUGAAAGAGAAAAGAUUCAGUUUGGUGGAACUUGUUCACUGCUUCUUUCCAGAAAGCAAAGAAAUCUGCGAUUUUGAACAAUUUAGAGUUUUGUUCAUUUUUGAUGGUUUGGAUGAAAGUCGACUUUCUCUGGACUUCCACAACAGUCCGAUCCUGACCGACGUGACAGAGUCCACCUCAGUGGACGUUCUGCUGAUAAACCUCAUCAGGGGGAAACUGCUUCCCUCCGCUCUCCUCUGGAUAACCACGAGACCUUCAGCCGUCAGUCAGAUCCCUCCUCGCUGUGUGGAUGUGAUGACAGAAGUCAGAGGUUUUUCAGAUUCCAAAAAGGAGGAGUACUUUAGGAAGAGGUUUAAAGAUAAGAAGCAAGCCAACAGGAUCGUCUCCCACAUCAAAUCUUCACGAAGCCUCCACAUCAUGUGCCACAUCCCCAUCUUCUGCUGGAUCAAUGCUACAGUCCUGGAGGAUAUGCUGAAAACCAGAGAAGAGGGGGAGCUGCCAAAGACCCUGACAGAGAUGUACAUCCACUUUUUAGUUGUUCAGACCAAAGUAAAGAAAGUUAAAUAUGAUAAAGGAAUGGAAACAGAUCCUCACUGGAGUCCAGAGAGCAGGAAGAUGAUCGAGUCUCUGGGGAAACUGGCUUUUGAUCAGCUGCAGAAAGGAAACCUGAUCUUCUAUGAAUCAGACCUGACAGAGUGUGGCAUCGACAUCAGAGCAGCUUCGGUGUACUCAGGAGUGUUCACACAGAUCUUUAGGGAGGAGAGAGGUCUGUACCAGGACAAGGUGUUCUGCUUCGUCCAUCUGAGUGUUCAGGAGUUUCUGGCUGCUCUUCAUGUUCAUCUGACCUUCAUCAACUCUGGAACCAACCUGCUGACUGCAGCACCAAACACACCAGAACCAGGAGAACCAGGUUCUGCAGCAAUCCAGCUUCAUCAGCUGGCUGUUGACAAGGCCUUACAGAGUCCAAACGGACACUGGGACAUGUUCCUGCGCUUCCUGCUAGGACUUUCUCAGCCACUGAAUCAAACCCUGCUCCGAGGCCUACACACACAAACGCCACACAGCUCCCAAAGCAACCAGGAAACAAUCCAGUACAUCAAGAAGAAAAUCAGCGACAGUGUGUCUGUAGAUAAAAGCAUCAGUUUGUUCCACUGUCUGAAUGAGCUGAACGAUCGUUCUCUGGUCGAAGAGAUCCAACAGUACCUGAAAUCAGGAAGUCUGUCCACAGACAAACUGUCUCCGGCUCAGUGGUCGGCUCUGGUCUUCAUCUUACUGUCAUCAGACGAAGACUUGGACGUGUUUGACCUGAAGAAAUACUCUGCCUCAGAAGACGCCCUACUAAGGCUGCUUCCGGUGGUCAAAGCCUCCAACAGAGCUCUACUGAGUGGCUGUAACCUCUCUGGGAGAAGCUGUGAAGCUUUGUCUUCGGUUUUAAGCUGCCAGUCCUCCAGUCUGAGAGAACUGGACCUGAGUAACAACAAGCUGGAGGACGUGGGAGUGAAACUGCUUUCAGUGGGACUGGAGAGUCCAAACUGCAAACUGGAAUCCCUCAGCCUUACAGGAUGUCUAAUCACGGAGGACGGCUGUGCUUCUCUUGCCAAAGCUCUCAACUCCAAUCCGUCCCACCUGAAAGUCCUCGACCUCAGUUACAAUCAUCCUGGAGACUCAGGAGAGACGCUUCUGUCUUCUAGGUUGAAAGAUCCACACUGCAAACUAGAAACUCUCAGACUGGACCCCUGUGGGAAGCAGUGGCUAACACCCGGACUGAAGAAGUAUUUCUGUGAACUUGAACUGGAUCCAAACACAGCUGGCCGAAAGCUGGUUCUGUCUGACAACAACAAGAGUGCAAAAAUCGUAACCAGAGAGCAGCCGUACCCUGAUCACCCAGACAGAUUCGAAUGGAAUCAGCUCCUGUGCACAACUGGCCUGACUGGUCGCUGUUACUGGGAGGUGGAGUGGAGUGGGAGGGUUCUGGUGUCAGUGAGCUACAGAUCUCUCACACGGAGAGGCCUGAGCAGCGACUGCUGGUUUGGCGGGAACGAGCUGUCGUGGGGUCUGAGGUGCUGUGACGACGUUGGUUACGCCAUCUGUCAUCGGAACAACAUGGCCAUCGUCCCCCUGCCACAGUCCUGCCUCUCCCACAGGAUAGCAGUGUAUCUGGACUGUCCUGCUGGGACUCUGUCUUACUACCGAGUGUCUGCUGACACCCUGACGCACCUUCACACCUUCAACGCCACGUUCAGCGAGCCGCUGUACCCCGGCUUUGGGUUCUGGUUUGAUUCCUCAGCGUCUCUGUGUUCUCUGUAAGGAAGGGAAAUCCACUUUCAACGCCACUAUUAUGGAAAACAGCAUAAAUAAUAUUGACAUUGUGACGAAACUAGAGGUAGAAAGAGCAGUGAGAAUAUCUGUAAACAUCCAGGAAAGUUUUUUCUGAUUAUUGUUUGGCGUUAUUUUUGUACAAUGUGUCAUUCUUCUCAUCUUUUGAAUGUUUUAUUGUCUUUGUUCAUCUCUGAUUUGCUUCAGCCUCUUGUUCCACUGAAACUGAACCAAAAUCGACCUUUUUCUAAAUUGUGGAGCAAGUUGUAAUUAAAUAUUAAACUGGCUUUCUAAAUUGUUGUUUCCAUUAAAAACCCUUUUUGUUGGUG